CUUUGGCGGGUUCAGCACUUUUUAGCUGUUUGGAGCAAACGAGGGAAUGGAUUUUCCGGGGCCAAUCGCAAGGCGAGACUAGACGCCGAGCUGCUGAUUGGCUGGACGGAGGUUCUUAGCCUGUGCGUAGCCCCUAGUUCAUGUCUACUGAACUGAGUCCAGCUGGCGCCAGAGCUGACACAGGAUGCUUUGGGGAUGUUACAAAAAAGGCCAGAAUAAGUGGAGCUUGCCAUCUGAGUGGUGAUCCCGAGUGUGUGGCGACCGGAACCUCUCUCCGCAGCUUCUCGCCUUCAAAGAGAGACACCUUUGCUUCUUUUUUUUUUUUUUCCUUCCUCCCCCCCCUCCUUCCAAGGCCACCUCGCUACUUCUGAGAUCUCUGCGAUUUUAAGCCAAACGAAACUAAGGCAAAACGGUUUGGGGGGGUUGGAGGGAGGCGGGGGGCUAGGGGCGGAGUGGGAAGAAACCCACCGACAUGGAGGUAGCUACGGACCAGCCACGCUGGAUGGCCCAUCACGCCGUGCUGAAUGGGCAGCACCCGGAGAGUCAUCACCCGGGACUGGCUCACAACUACAUGGAACCGGCGCAGCUCCUACCUCCGGACGAAGUGGACGUCUUUUUUAACCACCUGGACUCCCAGGGCAACCCGUAUUACGCCAACUCAGCCCACGCGAGAGCCAGAGUUUCCUACAGCCAGGCACACGCCCGUCUGACCGGCGGCCAAAUGUGCCGGCCUCACUUGCUCCACAGCCCCGGCCUGCCUUGGCUGGACAGCGGCAAAGCGGCGCUCUCGGCGGCUCACCACCACAACCCCUGGACGGUGAACCCAUUCACCAAGGGGCCCUUGCACCCUUCGGCGGCCGGCGCGCCGCCCGGCGCCCUCUCGGUCUACCCGGGAGGCGGCAGCUCCGCCUCGAGCGCCGCCUCGGCCUCUUCGCUCACGCCGGCCUCGCACUCGGCCUCGCACCUCUUCGGCUUCCCGCCGACGCCGCCCAAGGAAGUCUCGCCGGACCCCAACGCGGGCAGCAGCGCCGCCUCGCCGGCCUCGGCUUCGGCCGGCAGCAGCAGGCAGGACGACAAGGAGCCCCUGAAGUACCAGGUGGCCCUGGCGGACGGCAUGAAGAUGGAGAGCGCCAGCCCGCUGCGCAGCAGCCUGGCCGCUUCCAUGGGCGCGCAGCCCUCCACGCACCACCCGAUCCCCACCUACCCUUCCUACGUGCCCGCCGCCCACGACUACGGCGGCAGCCUCUUCCACCCGGGCAGCUUCCUCGGGGGCCCCGCCUCGAGCUUCACCCCAAAGCAGAGGAGCAAAGCCAGGUCCUGCUCAGAAAGAAAUCCGGUUUCUUCGUGUUUCCAUUUAGAAGGCAGAGAGUGUGUCAACUGUGGAGCUACUGCCACCCCUCUCUGGAGAAGAGACGGUACUGGGCAUUACCUGUGUAACGCCUGCGGGCUGUACCACAAAAUGAACGGUCAAAACCGACCUCUCAUUAAACCUAAGCGGAGACUGUCAGCAGCUAGGAGAGCAGGAACCUGCUGCGCUAACUGCCAAACCACCACCACCACUUUAUGGCGACGUAAUGCCAAUGGGGAUCCAGUUUGUAAUGCCUGUGGACUGUAUUACAAAUUGCACAAUGUGAACAGGCCCCUGACCAUGAAGAAGGAAGGGAUUCAGACCAGAAAUAGGAAAAUGUCCAACAAAUCCAAGAAGAGCAAGAAAGGCUCUGAAUGUUUUGAGGAACUGUCUAAAUGCAUGCAGGAGAAGUCCUCACCUUUCAGUGCUGCUGCCCUGGCUAGUCACAUGACACCAAUGGGCCACUUGCCACCCUUCAGCCACUCUGGACAUAUGCUCCCAACUCCCACCCCCAUUCAUCCCUCUUCCAGCAUCUCAUUUGGGCAUCCACAUCCAUCCAGUAUGGUCACAGCUAUGGGAUAGAGUUUAAUGACUCUCACAGACUUCCAGCAUUGCCUAAGAUGACAGGAAGGAAAGACUUUGCCCGGGGAAAGAGAAUAUAAGGAAGAAAGAAAAGAAAAGUAAAAGGGGAUCUUGUUCCAGUAGAAUUCAACGCCUAGUGCUAAAUGGAAACUUUGCAAUGAUGGGUCUUCUGCAGAAAUGCUUAAUGGUGCCUGUUAUGCACUUUGCUCCCUCAGGUAAAAAAGGAGAAAGAGGAACUCAUCUGUUUGAUACGAUACCUGCUUGCCCCAGUGGAAAGGAAGGGGUGGCCAAAGUGCUGAAAGAAACUAGAGCCAACUUUCCUUUCUCUUUGUUCAUUACUGUGAAUAUUGUAAAGAGAUUAGCCAUCUCCUGAAGCAGAGGAAGUACAGUAGUAGCCACCCCUUGCUGGAUUUCUACCAUGGAUUGUGUUUUGUGGGGAGGAAAAAUGGACAACUUUAUUAAAAAAAAAAAUCUACUUUUUAAGAAACCAGUCACACACACACACACAAAAAUAAGUAUUUAUUUUGCUCUUGUGGUCCAGAAAGAGCUUCAAAACUCUUGCAUGAAUUUAUGGAUCUUUUAUUUUAUUUUUAUUUUGUUUAAAGAAACAUGCAACCUAGUAGAAAACAGUUUUUCUAAUUAUUAUUUUUAUUGCUUAACCACCACAUUUUUGUUUUUCUUCAUUGCUGUUAGAUUUUUUUUUUUUUUUAAAGAAAUCUACUAGGAAGGGGAUGUGUGUGAGAGAGGGAAGCGCUUGGCUUUAACAUUGGUUACAAUGGUCUCAGGCAUGGAUUAUUCAGACAUAAUUUCUGCAGUCUCUUUCUCAGUGUGAAUAUCUUGAUGUAAAAGUGCGGCAUUCUACAAGAGAGCAGAUACACUGGACAAAUGGCUAAAAGGUUUUCCAUAGGGAACAAUCUUGCUGUGGCUGAAGAAUAAAAUAAAGGGAAUCUGGAUGUCUUUCUCAUCAUACUUCUUUUAAGAAUGUGUGUGGACAGCUAGUGGGUUGAUACAGGGCAUUCCCACCUCAAACCAUUUAGCCUGUCUCAAGGGCUUCUUCUUUGCUCUUUUGAUUGCAAGUCAGCAUAGACCACCAAGUAGCUUCUCAUAACUUAUUUCACUGUCUUAGCCUAGUAUCUGCAGCUUGUUGUCCUCUCCCCAGUUAGGCUAUAGUUACUAUGUCCUCAACCAAUAUGACUUAUGACCAUUCUGUUGGAUAGCAGGGACAUCCCAAGACAUCUCUCUAUUGAAUGCAGAGGAACUAAAUGAAUCAAUAGGUGGACCUUAACAAUAAUGUGGGGCUCCCAACUCUUCAGCUCCUUCCAUGGCUCAGUCUGUUGUGUUGAAAAUCUGGGUUAACAUCUUGCAUUAGAACUCCCAACUUCUCUUCCAAGGCAUUUCUCCCAUUAGGUUUAUUACCCGUAUUAUGCACAGACAGAUGAACAAGUUAAUGAACUGCCAUACACAGACCAACCAACUCAGUGGUGGCCAUUGCAGCAGCUAUAUUCUAUAGCAGUUGUCUUGUGCAGCUUUUCCUUUUUCCGUCUGUAAGAUUGUUUAAUGGGAGGUGCCAAGUAUUGAAUCUAUGACACCUUUGACAUACAAAACACCUAUGCUACUAGGUAACGGUCACCCUUUCUUUAGGACAAUGGUUCUUAAUCUUUAAACAGAACUUUUACAUUUGUAGACCAGCUCCCAAAACUUGGUUUGUAGACCAACUCCCAGAAUUCCCCAGUCAACUGGCUGGCUGGGAAAUUCUAGGAAUCGAAGACCAUAUAUCUUAAAGUGCCAAGGUUGAGAAACACUGCUCUAGAGGACUAUAUGGUUAGAUUAAACACAUAAUUUCAUUUCAUGGCAGAAGGAAAACCCUUUAAGACAAACAGCUUAAAAGGAAUGCUCAUGGUGGUUCAGUUUAAUCUGUUUUCCAAAGAAAUUUCUCCAAGAGACAUAAACAUAUAGUUCAUCUCAUACUAUCUUAUUAACAUUUUGGCCAAGCAAAGAUGGAAUUGGCCACCUGUAGGCACAGAUGUUGUGACAAAUGAUCUGCUUGACUUGAGGUGAAAAACAAGUAAAUGAAGAUCUGCAAGACAGGGGGAAACAAUGAUAUUUUCAACUCUUCUGACAGAUCAGAUGUAGCAACAUCAAGGGAAAGUGAUCUGCUCAUGGGGAAAAUGGGGUAUAUGGUUUCCUAUAGCAUAUAUAUAUAUAUAGGUAGAUAGAUAGAUUUGUUUUUAAAGAAAAUCACAAGUGUUCAGAAACAAAGUUGUCUCCCAUUCUGAAACCAUACUGUACGUAAACAGCUGAAAAUAAAGCUCUUGCCAGUGUGAAAUGUAUUCUAUUGAUUGUUAUGAUCUGAUGACUUUCAUGAUCACAAGGUCCAAUAUAACAUAUGAUGUACAUAUGUAGCUAUAUUUCUGAUGAAAAAAAUGACCCCAAUUAACUAAGGGGAUUGAUAAUGUAAAUCGCAUAAAGCUAAUUCUGUGGCAAGUUUUUAAUUGUAUUUUUUUCAUUUUUUUUUUUUCAAGUCAAGCCCAACUUGUAUCUUUAACUGCAAAAGUCUGCUUAAAACAAAAAUCCAAGUGUACAUUGUUUCUGCUUCCUCCUAAGUCUGUAACUCAGUUUUUGGUACAAAGGACCAAGCAUUCCAAGCAAAUGCCUUUUCUCACUAUUUUGGUUUCUGUAGGCAUAAUGUAGUUGCACUUUGUGAAGAAAUAGAAAUGACAGAAUGCCCCCCCCACCAGAAAAAAAGCCCCACAAGAAACCCCUAAACCAAAACCUUAAAGAAAUCCCACCUGGGAUAAAUAUUAAUUUCUGUUAGCCAAGAUGCAAAUUAUUUACCCCUUUUCCUUGAUUUGGGUGCAUGUGUGUGUGUGUGUAUGUGAGGAAAGGGAAUUUUUAACGUAUAUGGUACAGUUAUCCAUUUUUUGUAGUAACCGGUUCAGAUUCUGUGAGGGUCAGAAGUGGGUGGGAGUGUCUGGGUGAGAGAAUGAGGGAGAAGAUAAUGCUAGGAGACAAAUCCACCCAGUACCACUGCUGCCCUGUCAAAGGCGAGGCCUACUCAGGCCCUCCUUUUAGGAAGACUGAGGCUGCACAUCACAAAUGCUUGCUGGACCAAGUCCAAGGUUGACAAAGUGCAAUAGAUUGUCAGUCACUGCAGCAUAAAAGAACCACAGUCAGGAUUUAAAUUAUUUUGUAGUUUUAUCAGCAUAAAGAUUUGGCAGUAUUUUCUGGUUUUUUUUAAAAAAAAUUGGCUUAAUUUUUGGAUUAGUGAACUAAGUUAUUGUUAAUUAUGUACAACAUGUUUAUAUAUUGUCUGUAAAAAAUGUAUGCAUCCCUCAUAUUCCUUCAAGGUGAAUACUGCUAAGAAUAAUAAUAAUAAUAAUAAAAAAGAUUACCCCCUUUUUGUGAAA